UUUGGGUACUUUGGGGUGGGGCUUAAUUUGGGGUACUUUUUGUUGUUGUUUCGUUUGAGACUUAAUCCUGCUGGAUUUGCAUGCUCGUACUGGAAUCUAUUAUUCUCUUGUAAAUAUGAAUGACUAAAACUUGCUCGUUUGGUUCAGCGAGUAUCUAAGUCACGCAAAUACUGCUAGCUUGCAAAGGUCUUGGGAAGCAUCACAGCGUAACUGCUUCCUACCAGCAGACAAUGAUUUGCAAGGAACAAAUAGUUCAGGAUCAUUGGGUGGUCUUGAUGUUCGUAGAAGAAUCCCUAUAAAGCUGAUCUCAAAACAGACCAAUAAAGCCAAACCUGCACCUCGGACUCCCAGAAAUAUGAACAGGAUGCCUUCCAAGACCCAAGCUGGUGAUGAAGAAGAAUUUGAUUAUAAUGAAGAGGAGCGGUAUGAAUGCAAAGGAGGUGAGAUGUUUGGAAAUCAAAGGAGAUUCCCUGGCCCCAUCUUUUGGGAUUAUAAGAUAAACCUGCUGGGGGAGAAGGACGAUACACCUGUCCAUUUCUGUGAUAAGUGUGGAUUGCCCAUCAAAACCUAUGGACGCAUGAUACCUUGCAAGCAUGUUUUCUGCUAUGACUGUGCUAUACUCCAUGAGAAAAAGGGAGACAAAAUGUGUCCAGGCUGUAACGAACCUGUGCAGCGAAUCGAGCAGUGCGUACGAGGGUCUCUCUUCAUGUGUAGCAUUGUUCAAGGGUGCAAGAGAACUUACCUGUCGCAGAGGGACCUACAAGCUCACAUCAACCACCGCCAUAUGAGAGCUGGGAAGCCCGUUACUCGCCCUCCGCUCGAGCCCGUUCAUCCUCCGAUUGCCCCGCCACCCGCCGAAAUUCCUGAGCGCUUCAUAAUGCCGCCUGAGAAACACCACAUGAGCCACAUUCCGCCAAAGCAGCACAUCAUGAUGCCCCCGCCUCCUCUGCAGCACGUGCCCCACGAGCAUUACAACCAGCCACACGAAGACAUCCGUGCCCCUCCGGCGGAGAUGGCCAUGGCUCCGCCGCCGCCCCGCCCGGUCAGUCAGGACACCUUCCGCAUCUCCACGCGGAAACACAGCAACCUGAUAACUGUUCCCAUUCAGGAUGAUUCCAGUUCGGGUGCUCGAGAACCACCUCCGCCAGCCCCGGCACCCGCUCACCAUCAUCCCGAGUAUCAGGGUCAACCGGUGGUAACGCACCCUCACCAUAUAAUGCCUCCACAGCAGCAUUACGCGCCACCCCCACCGCCACCUCCACCAAUAAGCCAUCCUCUGCAGCAUCCUCCCCAGGCAGCAGGCACUCCUCACAUGGUGUAUAGCCAAGCUCCUCCGCCACCAAUGACCUCUGCUCCUCCUCCAAUAACCCCGCCACCUGGACAUAUAAUUGCCCAGAUGCCGCCAUACAUGAAUCAUCCUCCUCCGGGACCUCCCCCUCCUCAGCACGGAGGCCCCCCCGUAAAUGUAAGCGCGCCCCCUCCCCACCACUACAACCCUAACUCUUUGCCACAGUUCAGUGAAGAUCAAGGGACUCUUAGCCCCCCUUUCACGCAGCCAGGGGGGAUGAGUCCAGGGAUUUGGCCAGCUCCACGAGGGCCGCCUCCACCUCCAAGAAUGCAAGGGCCUCCUGCUCAGGCCCCUCUUCCUGGACCACACCACCCUGAUCAAGCCAGAUACAGACCCUAUUACCAAUGAUACGAGCAGUUAUAUGAAUAGAGAGUGCUAUGAAGAGGAUAAAACUAUAUACAACAGCCUUUUAAUUAAUUGUUGGGGGGGGUUGUUUUUUUUAAAUACUGUCAUUUUGACUGUAAGACGUUUUUGGGUUUGGAUCUUUACUGAUUUUUAAGCCUUGGAUGUAGGACUCUGACUUCAGAUACUCUGUAGUGCUAAAAUAAGUGGCUUAGUAGACCACAGUUGCAUUUUAACAGAACUUCUGUCUAUAGUGUGGCUAAAUUGUCCUUAAGAUGAACGCUUGUAAUAUUACUUCCUGGAGAAAAAGAACACGUGUUGUACCAUUCUGAAUAUUGUUUUUGUUAAAUCCAACGUUUAGUUUCACUUGUGAUACAUUUUUGUUAACCUGUGUACAAUAAUUAAAUUGAAACAUGGUUGUAAAA